GUUUCACUUGGUGCUCAGGGUUUCUGGGAAUGCAGAAGGUGAUGCCCUUACUGCAUUCAAGAAGAAUAUGAUAGAUCCUACUGGUGCUCUUGAUAAUUGGAAUCCUAAUAUUUUAACUCCUUGCACAUGGUUUCAUAUUAUUUGCAACGAUGAAAAAAGCGUCACCCAUUUGUAUCUUGGAAAUGCAAACCUUUCGGGUCAACUUGUUCCAGAGCUUGGCCAGCUCCCAAAUUUGGAAUAUCUGGAACUUUAUAACAAUAACAUAACUGGGGAGAUCCCAAAUGUGCUUGGAAAUUUGACAAACUUGCUGAGUUUGGAUCUUUACUCGAACAACAUUACUGGUCAAAUUCCAGAAGAAUUAGCCAAUCUUAAAAAACUAGAAUCCCUGCGCCUCAACAAAAAUAGCUUGUCAGGAAAGAUUCCUAUGGGUUUGACCACCAUUGAUACACUGAUAGUUCUUGACUUAUCGUCCAACAACUUAACAGGGAAUUUCCCAGCCAAUGGUUCAUUUUCAAGUUUUACUCCCAUCAGUUUUAGCGAUAAUCGUUUCUUGGUGCAAGCCAUUCCGAUUUCACCACCCCCUACACAGAAACAAAAUCCUUCAGGUCAAAAUAAUGAAAAGAUUGAGGCAUCCAAAUGUUGUUCUCUUCAUGGGAGCAGUAACUCAGACCUCCAAAUCUUUCAAUUGUUACUGAAUUUCUUCCCAGUGAUGCAAAUGAGCCUGAGUCUUCUAUGGGUACAAGAGGAUCAUCUGGUGGUAGCAACAUUUAGGGUGUUGAUGAUGUUUUUUAGGAUGAAACUAUUUUAGUGUAUUAUGAACUUUGAGUAAGUAUGGAUUAAGUUGUAAUUGUUUCAAUUUAAAUUGCUUUUAUGUUAAUAUGUUGAUUUUGAGAAUCAAAAGUUCUAAUGAUAUAUAUUUGAG